AAUGGUUAGGGGAAGUAAUCUAGCUUUUGAUUCACAGUUAAUGGGGUUCUAUCUAAGAGUUAGUAGUAAUCAAAAAGGAGAAAUUAUGUUAAUAGCUCAUACAAAGACAAGUGGUCAUCCAAUUGAAUAUGCCCGCCAGAAAUACUUUAAAUGUCAAAAUGGAGACACAGCAUCAAGAGCUCAAGUUUCUGGAAUGUAUAUUUGGAUUAUUAGUGACAAAGUACAGUCACAAACAUGCAGAUCAAGCCAAUAUCAAUAUUCUAUUGAAGGAGAUGAAGAAAUUAUUAUUGGAAUUAGUCCCUACAAUUUUAAUGAUAAAACAAGUUCAGCAUUUAUGUCACCAUUAAUUCCAGAAGAACACUUAAAUUUAGGGAUACAUUCAUACAAAAUGAUUGAUAGUAUAUGUAAAUUAGGAGGUCUAACGGAACCGGAAAGAUAUUCUACAUGUGAUAAUUUAAAUUCUGAUGGAUAUGAACAGAAAUUUUUAUAUCAAAUUUUUGAACCAGCAAAUUCAACAGUCCAAGUCGAAAUACGUGGAAUGAAUUUUUCCUGCUCACUUUCAAAUACAGAACCUUACGUUAUGGUCUAUGUUAAGGCCUAUACUCAAUAUUUUAAUCAAAAUGACCUUUGGAGUGGAGAAUUUCUCAUAUGUACACUAAAUGAUCAUAAUGGAAAAUGUUCUUAUAUUUGCAAUUGUGUUUUCUGCCUCUUUUUUGCAAUUGUUUAUUCGGAAUUCAAAUGUCCAAUUGAUUCUGAAUCAAAACCUAUUGAUGGAACGUUUGGAGAUCCGAAUUAUUGUGAAGUAUACUAUCAAUGUAUAAAUGGAAUUGCUCAUCUUCAAGUUUGUCCUAUUGGUUUUCAUUAUAAAUUUAUAUUUCAAGAUUGUCGCUAUGUAAUCUGUAUAGAUUCAAGAAUAUCAGAUUGUCAAUCAUCAUCAUCCUUGAUUGAUGAUGAUUUAAACGUUGAUUUAAAAUCUUUAAAUGAUGCUGAUGAAUGUUCACCAAAUAAGAAUGAAACAGUUGCCAAUUCAGUUGACUGUAGGAGUUAUUAUAAUUGUGUUAAUGGUGUGGCCUGGCCUCAACGUUGUCCAACUGGAUACUAUUUUACACCAAUCAUUAAAAAUUGUAAUGUAAAAUUAUGCGUUCCAUUUGAAGAAGCUAAUUGCGCAAUACCUGGAGGAUGGUCCGAAUGGUCAGAAUGGAGCGACUGCAAACCAGCAUGUGGACAGCAAAGACACCGGACAAGAGUUAGGGAAUGUAAUAAUCCACCAGCAUCUAAUGGUGGACUAGAAUGUCAAGGUAACUCGAUUGAUGUGGACCAAUGCGAAAGUAACGACUGCAAUGAUGGAGAUACACCUGCAUUUAUGGUCUCUUUAUUAAACAAUGAAAUAGUUGGUUCAGGUAGGAUGAAUUGGACGCAAGUUGUCAUCAAUCAGAAGAAUUUAUUUAAUGAAAUUGACAAUAGUUUGAAUAUUCAAAAAUCUGGAAUGUAUGUCAUGUCAGUAACUGCUCAUAUGGACCAAAGUAGUAAGGUUGAUAUUACUCUGGAAGGCACUGGAAGAAAAAUUGGUUUAUCAAAACUAUAUAACGUAUCAGUUGAAACUAUAACCAGAUGUGGAAUAUUUACGUUAACUUCCUUGCAUAGGCCUAACAUUGUUCAGAAUCAACCUUUCUCAAAUCUAGUGGGAAGCCUAAAUGGAACUGAAACUUCCUGGUCGGGUUUCUAUUAUAAAACUGACAACUAUCUGUCCGCUGCACGUGAUAGUCCAACAACACAUUCAGGUCAUUCUUCAAUCAAUUUACCGAUAGUAACUGCAAGAAAAGGAUUUGAAAUUAAUGGAAAUAAUUUUAUAGCAAUGAAUGAAGGAUUGUAUUUUAUAAGUUAUGGAUCAGCUACAAUGAGAAAAGUAGCAUCUAUAAUAAAAUUACAUAUCGCAAGUUUUGUGCAUUAUUUAAGAAUGGCAAGUAAUCGGGAUGUUCCAUAUGCUUAUUCAGUGAAUUUUAUUCGACGUGUUGAAAUACAUGAUGUGUUUGGAUUGCAAAGACAUCAGGAUACUCAAUAUUCAGAUUCAAAUUUACAAAUUCAUUUAAAUGCAUUUAAAUUGAAUGAAAGUUUUCCAAUAUUUUCAAUCAUUUCAACAAGAGAAAGAUGCAGUGGACAAUUUUUUACUUUUGGCUUUAAUGCAUUACCUUACGUUGAUAAUAUGAAUGGUUGGAUACCUAAUAGACAAUCAUAUAAAAUUCCAACUUCCGGUACAUAUUUCGUAACAUUUAACUUACCAAAUAAAAGUAUGUCUGAAGAAUUAGAAGUUUAUAUAGAUGUUAAUGGCAAUCAAAAAACACGAGUUGUAAAAGCUUCGAUACAUUACGAUUUCUAUUCUGGUUAUGCCUUUACUGGUGUUCUUAUGAAAUUAUCGCAAAAUGAUGAAUUAAAAUUAAUGUUUAAAGGUUGUACAGCUCAACAUACACUUUUUUCAUCAUUAACAAUCAUUUUUGUUCCAUAA